AUGUUCAUUAGAAAGAUGUCGGAGAAAGAAGCAAUACCGCUUGCUGAAAUCAAGAAAAAUGAAGACCUGACACAUGCGAAUAACGGUACACGUAGCGGUCACAGAAAACACGGCAGUUCAGUGAAAUCUAUUAGUGAUACUUUCGUGAACCCACUUACGAGGUGAUACAAAGAUUCAAUACACAAACAUCAACUGUGCUUAUAUAGUAUCCUUACAAUGACAAAGUAUUUUGUAAUUUUUUUAUAUGAAAUUGGUGUCAACCCAAACAUUCGGCUAUUGUCCAGACCUUACUAGCCAGAGUGUAAACACGCCGGAUAGUUCUAUCAUUUCAGGUCCAGCAAGGCCAUCUCUUCUUCAGUGUCCAGUAUUACGAUACUGACUUAGUCUGCGGUGUUUGACAACGUGGAAAUGUGGAAAAUGUUCGGUUUCACAAGAAACUGAAACGAAAUCAUGAUCAGAAAACUGUUUAUUACUUAAUGAAUAAAACCACAUUCGCUAACCAUUGUAUCGCUUCUUUUGUGUUUACCAAAUAGUUCAUUCCACAGGCACAGUGUAUAAUAAGCGUCAACAAUUUGUUUCAGUGCUGUUCGACGGGGUGAAUCCUUCAAGUCAACAUUUUUCCAAGAGACAAAGUUAGAUGAUUUGGAUAUGAAGGAAAGCGACAGUCUUCAACGCAAUGUGUUUCAUUACGCUGUAUCGAAGCCGGAUACUUUGAAAACGUUACUGGAGAUGGUUGGAACAGUACGUUUAAUUCAAUAAUAUUGUUAGAACGACGCUAUAUACGGGCAGCUCGCGAAUGCAAAUCCUUGCCGAAUCAAUGAAAUAUAAACAUCCUUUGCAUUGCGAAAAAUUACAUCGCAUUUUUAUUGGAUUAAAAAGAUUUAUUUAUUAUAUAGAUAUUGAGUUUUACGAAUGGUUUAGUCAAUAAUGCUAAAACUCAUUUCACAAUGCACGUUAUUACGGUGGCCGAUAAGGGUCAUUCAAGCACAAAAAGUGAAAUCACCCCACGAUAACACGAAACACGCCAACAAAUGCGCGAUUCGCGCCACAAGUUUACGAUUCACUCCACAAUUUCACGCCACAAAGAAACCGCUGACCGAUCACGGUCUCAUAUCAUUAAAUUCACUUCCCGCCUUUUUCCGUGACCGCAUGACAAUCAAAAUGGUCUUAGUAUUCAUAUAUAUUACAAAUAUACUGCUGUGUUGAUAGAGCUUAAGGUGGCUCCCUACAGUUAUAGUCCAGUUUAAAACAUUUAUAUAGCUCAGACGUCAUCCUCGCGACUCGGCGUGGAAUCUUCGUGGCCCGGUAAAAAUCUUGAAACAAGCCGCGGGAACUUGUUUUUGUAUUUUUAUCUACAAAGAAAACGCCAGUUUUUUAUUAUAAUCCUAAACUUUUCAACAUUCGAACAGUACGUAUGCCGGUUAGCUAGUUUUUUACCUACCUUCUGUGUGUUUUUUUAUAUAUUUAAUACGUUCAGUACUGUAUAUUUCAUAUAAAGGCUCACAAUGUUGAACAGUGUCACGGACUGAAUUAUAUUUUAUACUGUCUUCAAGGCACUCCUGAACUGUCACUGAAACUAACGUAAAUCCUGUCAUUCAACUCAGUUCACAUGUAGUUUUUUAUCUGCUGAAUCCAAUAAAACUAUAAUGCAGACAGUUAUGAGUUGUUUUAUACGAAAAGUCGACAAAGUCUACUUGAAUGUUUGUUUUGAAAAGUUUUCACACCGAUUUUCACAGCAAAACUAAAUUUAAGAAACGUUGGAUAAGUCAGUGCGUUAUUGUGUUCUCAAUUUUUUGUAUUUUGAACAUUUGUAGACCUAUAUAUAUUUUAUUUGCAUUUCAAGUAAGUAAAAAAUAUCUGUGUGAUACAUGCAUACAAGCCAAAAAAUCAACGUGAAAAUUGCGAAAAAAGUUUCGUGUUCCUCACGCAUUAUAAUUUACGUACACGCAUGUGCAAAUAGUGGUCAUGUCGAAUCGAUAUUUUGGCACGUCAACAGCUUCAACUGGAUUUAGGACUAUUUUUCUCGCGUUUCCUUCGGUGAAAUUUUUUUAAACUUUGCACGUUUGCUAAGCAUGACGAUUCGCCAAACAUAUCAAAAUUUCAAGAAAUUCUAUAAGACAGAUUUUUUGUAGUCCUUAUUCGUGAAUAUCUCAAAAUCUGCCUUAUAAACAUCCCUUCAAAUUUCAAUAUGUCAUUCCUCUUUCAACCAUAAAUCUUAAAAAAAAAAUUCAGAAAAAUUGACCGAAGGAAAAAAAAGAUAUUGCCGUUUGAUUGUAAAAUUAGACAAUAAAAGUGCAAAAGAUGAAACGUCAUGGUUGCCAUGGCAACACUAACACUGUUCCUAUUUGUUCAUAUAUCGACAGCAGAAGACUUCUGAACUUUCCUGGAAAUGAUUAUAUUGCUCUGUCUUAAGUGUGUUCAAUAUAAAUUUGGUUGAAAACGAAGGUUACCUAAAAUACUUAAAAUUUUAGAAAACUGUAGCCGGGGAGCCACCUUAAGCCAGGGCCGUCCUCAGGGAAUUCUUCAGGGGGAUGUAAGGUCAAUUCAACCGACCAGUACCUGAAAACAUUUUUUUUGGAACAAAUUAUUUUUGGCAACCUCCCCCUCCCCAAAAAAAAUUUCGGUCAGUGUACCAUUUUAGGGGCACAAAAAUUUUUCCGGACAUGUCAAAAUUUCCCAGACAUGACAAAUUUUCUCCAUUUAUCAAAAAAAAUUUUCUAAAUUUCCGAAAAUUUCUAGAAUAUUCGAAAUUUUUGUAAAUAUACCUCAUUUUUUUCCAAAUUCAUAGUUAUUUUUGUAACGCCUCGCUACGGCCCUGCAACCGAGGUUGACGGAGAGGUUGACGGAAGCCAGGGCGAGAAAAUUUUUUCCGAGACCAACAGUACAACCUCUAACUUGUCCUUUGUGCGAAAAUAUUUAACCCAAAUAGCAGUCCUACCGACUGAAUAGCAGUCCUGCCGACCGAAUAAAAUUUCUGAGGGGGUGUCACACCCCCCACACCCCCCGUAUCUCCGGCCCUGGCUUAAGCAACUUGGCCAAUUAUCUUAUUGUUAUAUAUUUACAUUAAUCUUUGUUCUUGAAGUUAAAAUUGACUGCAUAAAAACAGUUUUAUAGUUGAUAUGAGCAGUUUGGAAUGUGACAUUUGUUAAAAGAUUAGUUCAAAAUUGAUAGUUAUUCAAUUUUAGUCUUUAGAUUGCACAUGCAUGUUGUGUUUUUACAGCAUGAGCUCCACCUUUGAAUUUACUAUAUGAGUAAAUUCUUAAACACGUCCGAAUUUAUCAUUAUGAUAAAUUCGCGGCACAUUUUGAAUUUAUCAUAAUAAUAAAUUCGCGGUACCUAACACUAACCCUAACCCCAACCACUAACCCCUAACCCUAACCCUAACUUUUUAACUUUUAAAAUUUUUUUAACUUUUUAAACUUUUUUAAAAAUCUAACUUUUUAAACUUUUUUUGCUUUUUAAAACUCUUUUAAAACAUUUUUAAAACUUUUUUAAAAACAAUUUUUUUGAAAAUCUUGAAAAUCUCCCCACCCCCGCGCGACCAACCUCCCUAAUGCUUGUGAUUUUAUGAUUAACUCUAUUGAUAAAUUCAAAAUGUGCCACGAAUUUAUCAUAAUGAUAAAUUCGGACGUGUUUAAGAAUUUACUCAUAUAGUAAAUUCAAAGGUGGAGCUCAUGUUGUGUUUUUAAUAUAAAAUUUACAAACAAUAAAAAACAAUAUUAAUUGUUGAAAUCUAUACUUGUUCACGACUAUAUGUUUUAAAAUUGUGUAUAAGUUCAGACCACUUUUCCAAUCAGUCAGGGCCUUUCUAAUCCUUCUGAUGUGCAAACACAGUUAAGAUACUCCUAUUCGAAAAAGUUAAAGAAUCCUCGAGAGCUUCUUCAUACUGAAUGCACUGGCCGUUGUCGGCCAUGCUUACGCUUAUUUCAUACCGCCAAGCAGCGCGGGAAAAGGCAGGAAAUAAUGAAUUUAAUGAGUAUUGAGGCCGUGAUCGGUCAGCGGUUUCUUUGUGGCGUGAAUCGUGAAAUUGUGUUAUGAAUCGCGCAUUUGUUGGCGUGUUUCGUGUUAUUGUGGGGUGAUCUCACUUUUUGUGCGUGAAUGACCCCUAUCGGCCACCGUAUAAACAAUCAGAAAACGGCGAAACAAUUUUCUCACACGUGAGAAAAAUGUUUCAUGUGACGCAUCAUUAAAUUCACUCACAUGCUUUGACUUUGUUUAUUUCCCUGUAACUAAACAUAAUUAUUAAUUUUAUUCCAUUGCUUUCCAUAUUUUACAGCAUGAGCUCCACCUUUGAAUUUACUAUAUGAGUAAAUUCUUAAACACGUCCGAAUUUAUCAAUAUGAUAAAUUCGCGACACCUCAGGUGUCACUAACCUUAAUACUAACCUCUUAACCCCAAUCCUAACCCCUAACCACUAACCCCUUACCUUUUUUUGAAAAUCUUUUAAAAUUUUAAUCUCUCAUUUACUUCACUGAUUUAAUUCGCUCGUUCGCUUUAUGGAAACAAAUGAUCGCGUGCGAAAAUACCAUAGUCAUACGUCGAUCAGAACUUCUCAAUGAAGAAUUAAUUAAGUCUCUAAUGAGUAUUUUCUUCCUUAGACCUGUUUCAAACAUCGCGCUUCUUAUGCGCCGAACGCAUUACAAACAAUAGAUAAUUAAUCAGCUGAAAUGUCUCGUUAUCUAUUUUUUCUAAUGCGUUGGGCACAUGAAAAGCACGACGUUUGAAACAGGCCCAGCGCUUACCGAAAAUAAACCAAUGAAACCAAGCAGGGUACUCUAUAUUCUAUUCUGAUAUUUUCUCACAGAAAACAUCCAUUCAAGACGCCCUACACCAAGCAGACCAAGAUGGAGAAAUGCCAAUUCAUCGCGCAGCUAGCAUUGCGAAUAUCGAGGUAUAUUAAACUAACAUACCAGCUGAAAAUAAAAAAAAUAGAAAUUAGAGCUCCUUCAAGUGCAGAAAGGUAUAUCCAAGACAGUUGUAUGACAGAUCUUUCAGUAGCCGGCGUGGCCGCGCCUCGUUCUAGGGCCGGCAGAUAAUUGAGGAAGAGCCAGCCAGGAAAGCCCUGGUAAAAUUGAUAACUCUCGGCAGCCAACUGCCGAGAAUUGUGAUUGGCUGAAUUUAGGAGAUAUUUAAGUUACAUGGUGAUCUGUUUGAACUUUAAAAUCCCACAAUACCUUCACUUAAUUGCUCGUUUUCAGUCAUUCAGUGCUUCUGGGACAUUGUCAUACCAAUUUUUGCUACACGGAAGAUUGAAUUUCUUGCAAAGGUUCCAAUGGAUAACUUCAGCUACUUUUUAUUAAUUAUCAUAUCUCCAGUUCUUAAGUAUUGAUAUGUGGCGGCUCACAGUUUCCUCCCUCUCUCCGCACAAUCUACACACUGGGGACACUUUUUGUUUGUUAAUCUUACUCUUUAUAUUAAAUGUUUAAUUACGGUCGGAAACGUGGGAGCAUAUUAUAUAAUAUAUAUUAUAUUAUGCAUGAUAAACACCGAGAAGGAGGGAUUUAUGUCAGAUAAUGAACCGAGGACGCGCUGCGUCGGAGGACAUUAUCUGACAUAAAUCCCGACUUUCGACGUGUUUAUCAUAUUUAAUUCUUAAUUGAGGUGGUUUUCCAACAAACUUUUGUCUGUUUCAUCCGCUUUAAAUGACAUUUUCUGAAUUCUCCUUCAUCUUUUCAGGUAAUUAAUAUUCAAGGUGAUUAUUAAAAAUAAUCACCUCGGUACAUGAAAGAAGACCGACUCAAUCAAGAAUUAAAUAUAAUAUAUAUUAUAAUAUUAUUUAUAUUAUAAUGUAAUAAUAUGUAUUAUUAUAUAAACAUAAGUGUUAUAUAGAGUUUUUGGCCGCUGAGAAAAAUCGUAUUUAAACACACGUAAAACUGAAUACGAUAUUUUUACGUGUGAAAAUAUCAUUUUUGCAAACACCAAUCAGAGAAAUUGUUGUAAAACGAAUUGGCACGGAUGUUUCAUUGUUUUUCAAUUUUGUUUAUAUAAUAAACAGAAAAAUAUAUGGGUGCUUGGAAAUACCAGAUUUAUUUCUCGUGUUGAACAUGAUAUCUCACUCGUUCGCUGCACUCUCUCGUGAGAUAUCAUGUUCAACACUCGAAAUAAAUUUGGUAUUUCCGCGCACCCAUGUAUUAUUCUCUAUUUAGGGACCGGUCAUAAAGUAACUGCUAGGGUGGGCCGGAUUGAUUUGGGAUGGGCCAUGGAAAAUCUUCAAUUAUUUUGUAUGUCCACGGUUGGGCCACCAAACAAAAACCCAUAUCUACUUUCAUCACUUAUUAUGAUAAGUAUAAUAGCAAAUACAACAUAAUACAAAUCAAAUAAUACAAAUCUAACAGGGCAGGGCUGUACACUGCACAGGGGCAACUGCGCUCCCUCCCCCCCCCCGAGAAAAUUUAACUAAUUUUAUAAUGUGAUUAUGCUUGUAACGGAAAUAAAAAUUUCAUGCAAACAAUAUUCGAAGUGUCUAUACAGCCGGCUAUUUAGUAAACUGUCACUUGUCAAUCCCGAUACUCGUCGAAUUUUCAAAACUUUAUUGUAAUCAUAUGAAGCAAAAGUUCUGUCACUUGUUGUUUUACACUUGCCAAUGUUAACUGUUGAGUAACAUACACACUGAACUAAUCGAGGAAAAGAGUCAAUCAUAUAUUGAAGACCACUGAAUAGUAGUCUAGUAGAUGCUUUGAAGGUCAUGAGUGAAGUAUAUAAUUCAAUUCCAAUCCUGUGCACAGUUAAUGAUAUACCACACUCAUGGGCGUACCGGAAGGAAAAAAAUAGGGGGGGUGGAAAGAAAUUUGCCCGACUUUUCGGGAUUGUGCCCGAUAGUACCUAAAAAAUUUUUUCCGGAAAAAUUAUUUCGGCGACCUCCACCCCCCCCCCCAGUCGCCAAAAAAUUUCGGUCAGUACCAUUUUAGGGUCAAAAAAAAUUUCCGGACAUACCAAAAUUUUUCGGAACAUCACGCAAAUUUUCGAAAUAAGACAUAAUUCACCACAAAAUUGACUGAAAUUUCGACUAAAUUGACAGAAUUUGUCCCUUUCAUUUUUAUUAUACACCAAAAUUGCCCAACUGUUGAUCGAAUAUUGCCCGACUGCCCAAAAAAAUUGGGGGACUACCGCGCCCCCCCCGCCCCCCCCCCGCCAUGCUGGGAGAAAUUCAGACGCACCAUCAGGACGAUGAUGUAACGACACAACUAUCGAUUGCCAAAGGAGCCAGGCCCCUGGGGGUAUGCGGGCGUGCUCUUCCAAACAAUCUUCAAAUUUAGAAUCUUUGAAACGCCAUUCCAUGCCCUUUGGGGAAAUAUUUUUCAGAAUUGUGAUGGAUUUGCACACAAAAUUGCUGGGGUGUCAUAACCCCAACUCCUCCCCUCCAACCUCCAAGGAUUUGCGCCCCCUGUACACGACCGGAAUGUCAUGUUACGGCGGAUCAAGGCUGAUGCCUAUUUCAGUAUAAGUAAGAAAUUUAAAGGUCUCUGCGAUAUUUCUGGUAUUUCUCAACGCUAAAAGUCCACGCUAUAGAGCAUUGCAUUGUUUGUUUCAUCAAUUGUGGAUAUUACAUUAUGCUUAUUCUAAGGUGGAGAUUAGAUCUAUAAUUCAGUGGAUAUUAGCUAGAUCUAUAAGUGACAUUAAUAUUUUUAAAUCAAAAUUAAAGACUUACCUUUUUAAAUUAGCCUACAACAUAUGACUCGUAAUUAUAAUAUGAAUUUUAUUUUUAAAAUUUUUUACUAUAGUUUUAAAAUAAUAUAUAGAUAUAAGACUUGUAACGGUCGAAUUUUAACACCAUAUAUAUAAAAGAUGUGUAAAAUACUGUACACGUAAUUUCAAAAUGUCAAGCCCAUAGAACAGCAAUGUAUAUGCGAUAUAGAAAUUUUAAUAUUAUUAUUUAUUAUUAUAAGGUGGUGAGUGGGUCAAAUCACGGCCCUGAAGGGUGUUUGAAACUGAUGAUUGAGAAUAUGCCCGAAAUGGCGAGGAAGUUAUUAGACAACUGUGUAACUACUAAAGGAUCGAAAGAAACUCGUAGUUAUCAAGUCAUUUACGAUUUCUUUUGCCUAGAAGAAACAG